AGUGUCUCAAACAGAAGUGCGUCGAAGUAGGUUAUUUUGUUUCGCGAAAACUUUUCAGGUACUCUAUACAAUAAUAUGAUUAAUUUCGGUGGAUAUUAAUUCAACAAAUGCUUUUUGUUUGACAAUAUAGUGUAACUAUCUACUUAUCCUAGUUUUCCUAUUGUUUGAAGGACAAUCAAGAUGGACAAGCCACGAAGGAAAUAUAAAGAUUACGACGACAGCUUGCUAGAAAUUGCGGUAGGACUCGUAGAAAAUAAGAAUAUUUCGUCAUACGAGGCAGAAAAACAAUUUGGUAUCCCUCGCCGCACGAUUUUAAAUAAGGUCAAACAAAGACACACAAAAAGAGUUGGCUGUCCUACCAAACUGCCACUAGCUGAUGAAAAGAAAAUUACAAGCUGUUUGAUUCUAUGUGGAGAAUAUGGGUAUCCCCUUACCUGCUUUGAACUAAGGUCAAUAGUACACGACUAUUUAGUUAAAAAUGGACUCACUUAUCUUUUUAAUAACAAAAUGCCCGGCCAGAAGUGGGUAAGGAACUUUUUGAAACGCAACAAAAAUAUUCUGACUGUGCGGUCUACAACAAAUAUAAAGGAAUCUCGGGCCAGAAAAAGCAUACAAGACUACAAUACUUAUUUUGAGAACCUUAAAAUUUCUCUUCAUAAUGUUAAACCAGAUGAUAUAGUGAACUAUGACGAGACAAAUUUUUCUGACAACCCGGGAUCCCAAAAAUGCAUAUUUAAAGCAGGCACUAAACAUCCAAAUAAAACUUUAAAUAGCACCAAAACUGCAAUAUCAGUCAUGUUUUCGGCUACAGCCAGUGGAGUAAUAUUCCCACCGUAUGUGGUAUAUAAAGCUGAUAAUUUAUGGACAAACUGGUGUACUAAUGGUCCUAAAGGAACCAGAUAUAACAAAACCAAAUCUGGCUGGUUUGAUUCGGAAACGUUCGAAGAUUGGUUUAAUACCAUAAUUAUUCCAUGGGCAAAGAAAUCUACAGAUCCUAAGGUCUUGAUCGGAGACAAUUUAUCAUCACAUAUAAAUAUAAGCAUAAUAACAAAGUGUCAAGAAAAUAAUAUAAGAUUUAUUUUCUUGCCACCCAAUUCGACACAUCAUACUCAACCUCUCGAUGUGGCCUUUUUCGGCCCAUUAAAGAGAGAAUGGAGAAGAAUUUUAAUGGACUACAAAGUUCGACACCCAAGCGCAAAUACCUUAAAUAAACAAAUAUUCCCCGAAUUACUAAAUAUACUACUGGAUGCCUCGAAACUUACACAAAGUAAAAAUAUAAUUAGCGGAUUUCGUGCCACUGGGAUACAUCCUAUUAAUCCAGAAGCUGUACUAAAGAAAUUGCCAGAUUAUCGCAGGCUUCAAACCGUGACUUAUGACGAGACCUUUGUCAACUAUUUACAAAAUUUGAGAACUCCGGCUACCCAUCAAAAAAGAACUGCAAAUAAAAAACUAAAUACAGAACCUGGAAAAUCUGUAAGUGUUAAUGAUUUGAAUGAAAAACUUAACAAACGGGCUAAUAAAGUAAAAAAUAAUAAAAAGACAAGUACCAUUACCGAAAAGAUUCAGUUACAACCGGAUAUCGCAGACAUUUCUACUGCUAUUUUAGACCGUAAUUUAAACAAUAUUUUAUCAAAUGCUAGACAAGAUUUAUCACCUCAUUCAGAUGAUAGCAAACUUAUUACUAAUGUAAAAGUUCAUGCUGAAGUACAUAGAAAUAAGGGUAUGGAUUCAUUUGAUAUGGUACAAUCUAACAAUACGACUUACAAUAUUCAACCAGGAGUUGUUGUAGAUGUCGAUAAAAAUGUAUAUUUAUCAAAUAACCGAACCUUAUUCAAAAAUAUUUCUAAUAUUGAUAAAACAGAAGCCACUGAAACUAUAACUAAAAAUUUAAUUAUCUCUGAUAUAACUAUAAAAUCUGCAGAUAGAAUAUCACUUGAUGAUAGCUCUUUAAACAGCGCUGGUAAUCAAAAUGUUCAUGUUGAUGUCAUUUCAAAAAGUAGGAAAAGAAGUACAAGUUCGGAAAGCUCAGGAACAUAUUCCGUUCACGAUUCGUCUUGUGAUGAACAUUUUCUUCCAUCUAUAAGUGACACAGAAACUUAUUUAGAAGAAAUGUCUGAAGAAAUGGAACAAUGUACUGAAAAUGAAAAUGAUGAUUGUGAAAUCCGUGUUGGUAAAUAUAUUCUUGUAAAAUUUGCUACGCCAAAGUUGGAUAAAUAUUAUAUUGGUCUAGUAAUUAAGCAUAAUAAUUUGAAUCAUAUAUAUACUAUAAAAUAUUUAAGAAAGAAUACCAAUGAUACAUUUUACUGGCCAGUAGUUGAUGAUGUCUCAGAGAUAACUUUGCUUGAUGUAGAAAAAAUACUGCCAAAUCCGCAAGUUGGUCGUCGAGGCGUACUGAACUUUGAUUUAGAUAAUUUAAGCAUGUAUAUUUCAAAAAUUUAUUGAAAUGUGAUUCAGAGCUCUUAUUUUUUUACUUUGAUUUUGUUUUUAUAUUUCUAAAAUAACUUGUUUUAUUUGUAUUACGUAUUGUUAACAAGUUGGAUGCACACGACAGCAAUUGUAGCAUUGACUACGAUGCGAUGCGAAAGUUCGUAUAUUAAUAUAGUACGGUCGCUAUCACAGACCAAUUUUGACGUCGAUUGCAAUGCGAUGGCAAUUCAAGUCAGUUAAAUUCCUGCCACGUAUAUCCACCCAGUUUGAAACUCAACUUAAUUAUGAUACAUAGAUUUUUUUUACGUUUUUAUUAUCUUUAUUUAAGAGCUCAGCUCUUGUCGAUGGAGCAACAAGUGAUUAAUAGCUCCACGUACUAUCAGGAUCGGUUAAGACUACAAUGGCUUUAUUUUAAUUUAAAAAAAUAGUAGUAAAGAUAGGAUUAAUAAAAAGUUACUAUCAUUUUGUUAGUAGGUACCUUUGUUUGAAGAAUAUUUUAAUUAUUAUAAUUAUUAAUAAAAUGCCUUCCAAAAGUUUUUUAAGACUGAUUAAUUUCUAGUAAAUACUACUCGUAGUGACUGAUUAAGUGUACUUGAAUAAUAAAUUAAAAUGGUUAAUA